ACUUAUAAUAUUGAGAGAGAUCACAAAAACAAAUUAGAAAGCCAAAAAGGGUGAUGGCUCAAAAAGGGCGAAUGUUGCGGUUAGUGUAGCACUGUAUCAUUCCUCCCUGACCCUUGCCUGUCCCUGGCUUAUUAACUCCCUUGUCUCGUAAACUACCUAUUUCUGUGUCCCUUCUGCACAAUCAUUCCAGUUCGAAACUUGGACUACAAGUCGGGUGCUGUUGCACAACUCCUGACUCUACGGCACCGUGAUCAUCAAUGAGUGGGGUCAAACCUAUUAUUGCACAUCGUCUACCGGCAUCCGUUCUUGUCAAUGAAGAAGGAUUGAUAGCGCCAGAAGCCAUUGGCCCGAACAAGUUUGCGGUAACGUGGUCUGCUGAACCUCCCCCUCCUGUACUUGCACCUCUUGUACAAGCUGCAGAGCGCCAAGUUGUCCUCAGUUCGUCUGACGGGGAAUCUGAUUUCUCAGAGAAAGAUCUCUGCUCGUUGGGAGAGAAGCAAUCGCCGGCCGAGCUUUCUGACGAAUUUGAAAGUUCGGUGAGCCAACGCAUUCGGCUUCAGCAACUCACUCCUCACCACCACGAUGAAAAUCCGAUUAUUCCACGUUUUUCUCGCGCAACCUCCAUGCCUCUGCCAUCACAGCUAGAACAUCUAAAAAAUCCCCGCAGGACCGCGUCUACUUCGCCCGAACAGCCUAGUCAAGCCCUUCCCACAGAUGCCACCGUCGAAUCCUCUCGGUUCCACGAACUUUCAUUGGAACUCGCGGACUCUGUUCAGAUGGUUGUUCAGACGCUUUUACAGGUCUCACCAACACAAAUCCUUGACCCGGCGAAAGAGCAAUUUGCAGCUUGCUCUCUCUCAGUCCCCACCGCCUGCAUGUCUGCCGUAUUCACGACGAUGAAAAACCUCAAUUACAUUUCUGCGAAUAUGUCAGAUCUAUGUGCUGAUACCUUCAACCCUGCUCAUUCCAGCAAUUCUACUUCGAAAGCCCGCCGAUUAACUCUGCCUGGACCACCUGUCACUGCAGCUACCGACUUCGAUAUUGGGGAGAUGCUGCAAGGAGUUGGAGAUGCAUCGAGUGGGAGGGCUGCUGAAGUUGGUGUGGAUCUGGUCUUAUUCCAUAGUGACGUUGGGAUGAGGCACAUUGCGGUCAAGGGGGUAGAGUGCGGAAUAUCUAACGUGCUAACGCAUGUCGUCCGUCAAAUCAUCAAUACUACAUGCCAUGGUGACUCCAUUGACUUGGGCCUUAGUAUCGCUUCGUCAAGCUCUUUGGGCUCAAAUAUGUCACCCUUCACAGAGAGACCAAAUUCGACAGCCAGCGGUGUCUCUUCGCCCAUUCCCAUAGACGAGGACGAAACUUUGCACUGCACAUUCGAAAUCCAUCACCGUUUCCAUUCGCUGGAUGUGCCGACGGAUGACAUGACGCCUACCAAAACAAGCCCUUCUGGCGUUCCAGAGCGCCCAGAGCCGAACUUUGAUUCAAUGCUAUUCCGCAGGUUACUUCUUCGAUGCGGCGCAACGCUUUCAUCUGAGGUCUCUGAUGACAUAACUUCAAGAAGGACGUAUGAAGUCAAGCUUGAACUUCAGCGCGGUUCGCUAGAUGCGAUUACUGCUAAAUCCUCUGCAUCAUCCGAACAAUCUCAUGCGCUUCUCAGUGGGGUUCGGUUAGGAAUGGAGCCGUCUCUUGAAGAGCUUGCUCAAUUCGCUGAAACUUUGCGCGGAAAGAAAGUCACCUUGUAUGCAAGCACCGCAAGUUCCUUUGCACACCACCUGACGAGCUAUCUCACUGCUUGGGGUUUGGAUGUUAGUCACGUAUCGUCAGAGGCCGACGUCGAUGGCAGCCCAGGCACCAACGAAGCUCCUGCUCCUCCUAUGCCGAGAACGUGGAUCACAAGAGCCUCGAGCCCAUCCGUGAACGGCACUCCACGCUUAGCUCCGUCGUUGUCAUUUGUAAUGAUCGAUGACGAUGUCUCCAUCCUUCGGGAGAGGUUGCGCAAGUACAGAGCAGAGCAGCCAAUACCUCUCAGCCUUCACUCUCGGAAACGACCUUCUCUAGCUGCUCACCAUCGCCCAAAGUCGUCACCACAAGUAGCCCGUACUCUAGGCUUCGGAUCACAGGUCCCACCGCAACAAACACCCGUAGUAGUUGUUCAUUUCACCAGCCUAGCCAAUUACAAAUUGGUCAAGGAAAUCAUACAAUGCGAUCUCGCUUCUCACUCCUAUUCAGCAUGUCCACCCGAAGUUAUGAUUAUUCCUAAGCCCGCGGGUCCACGCAGGUUCCUCACUGCGCUGCACACUGCUGUUACUAAGCCUAUCAUCGAUCCAUUCUUUGCCCCAAUUGCUACCUCACCACUGAGCCCUGGUUCGCACAGUUCUCCUUUCUUCAAUUUAACUCAGACAAGCCCAAAAUCCCCUUCUCGCCCGUCGAAUUCAUCACGGACCAACUCUGAGAAAUCUUCGCGAUCUGCAAGGGACAGUACAAGUGAACAUCCCUCACACGCACCUCCUUCACCCCUCGGUCUCGCGGAUAAUAUGGAGUAUUUCCCUGAAACUCAUAGCCCUGUAAGGCUUGGUCAGACACCAUCCUCCGGACUUGUAAUUUCGAGCCCGGACGGACAGCCAACAGGCAUCAUCUUCCAACCGCGUGCAAAAUCUACGAAGCCUAUCACACCAUCACCCAAUAGUGUUGCAGUAUUAUCCAGUUCCGAACGGCUACGAGGGACCUCCUCCCGCCGCCUAUCGGACGGUGAACAGAAGAAGCAAGGUCAAUCGCCACUCUCGUUUGCGUCUUUGCACUCCAAUACACCUCCCCCUCGGCGAGCAGCAUCUCCUAACGAGGGCUUCACCCCAAUCUCUACUACGCCCAACGGAAAGGGUAAACGAGCAACCUCCCCCCAGGUAGAUGAACUUGCCCCCCCAUCACCGGUAUCUCCCCCAUCGCGUAACACAAGCGUGGUCGAUCUAAGGAAGGCUUCUUCCCCUCCAAGUUCUCCAGUAGUGCCGGACCCUCAACCUAGUGUGCUCGCGCGAAGACUAGGAAGGCGAGCAACCCAUGAUACGAAACCUUCGACAACCCCCACUGCGUUGGGGAAAGCAGGCAAAAUUCAACCUGAUACAAGCAUCAUACCUCCAAUUAGCGUGCUCAUCGUUGAUGAUAAUCCAAUCAAUCAGACCAUUCUGUCAACCUUCAUGAGGAGGAAAAAGAUCAAGUAUGACGUGGCCAAGAAUGGAGAAGAAGCUGUGCAGAAGUGGCAAAAUGGCGGGUUUCACUUGAUUUUGAUGGACAUCCAAAUGCCUGUUAUGGACGGCAUACAAGCGACGAAAGAGAUUAGAAGAUUAGAGAGUUUGACAGCUUCUUCAGGCUACACUCCAGGCACACCCCUAUCUGACACACUUUCAGAAGGGGCAUUCUCCGAUUCUCGAGCUUCAGCAUCGCCCUACCGUUCCGCCGUCAUUAUCGUAGCUCUCACGGCCUCAUCCCUCCAGAGCGACAGAGUGGCAGCCCUUGCGGCAGGAUGCAACGAUUUCCUGACCAAGCCUGUGUCCUUGGAGUGGCUAAACAACAAGAUUAUCGAGUGGGGGUCGAUCAAGGCUUUGCAAAUGUGGGCCGACCUGCGACCUGAGGUGGUAAAAACCAUCUCGACUGAGCAGACUGCUCAAGCCCAGCUUGUAGCUCGUCGACUUCACGUUCCCGAGGGUCGAAUGACUCCAAUCAGUUCUCUGAGCAGAUCGCCAUCAAAAGCUAGGGGGACAAAAGCGAUCCCCUUGUUGAACCUGGUUCUGGACCUACUGCUAAGCUCACGGUCCCGAAAGGAGAGGACCAGCCAACAUCGAAACCAGCAAAGUGACUUGCCUGAUAAUGAUUCCCCUGGAUCAUCUCCUUCUUCCGAAUCUUCUGACUCCUUUGAGCAAUCUGGAGAGAAUACCGUAUCACUCCCUGCCGCUCAUAAUCAUGACACGGAUGAUACGGUCACCCAAUCUGAAUCUACGACUGCCAAGGAUGCGCACACGCCGACAGGUAUUUUGUUCCCACCUGGAAUGCCGCUGGAUUUGGUUUAAUAUGUUUCACAAGAUGGGGAGGAAUGCCAUGAAAGCUCAUCGGAAAGGUCAUAUGCGACUGCAAGUGAAACGUCAGCAAAUGCUUCCGAAUUCCAAGAUGCGCCGACAUCACCCCAAUGACUACGUUGGGCGACCUUUGGAAGCUUUGCGAGGCUGGCCGCGCCUAUGGU